AUGUCCGAGAAAUACUCGCCUCCUGGUAGACACGUGUUCAAAAACAACUCGCUUACUGACAUGCACGUGUCCGAGAACUACUCACCUACCAGGCACGUGUCGGAUAACACCUCGCCCACUGACAGGCACGUGUCGGAGAACUACUCGCCCACUGACAGGCACGUGUCGGAGAACUACUCGCCCACUGGCAGGCAAGUGUCGGAGAACUACUCGCCCACUGACAAAUCACGUGUCGGAGAAGUACUCGCCCACUGGCACGUGUCGGAGAAGUACUCGCCCACUGGCAAGCACUUGUCUGAGAGCUACUCGCCCACUGGCAGGCACGUGUUGGAGAACUACUCGCCAUAUGGCAGGCACGUUUCGGAAACAUACUCGAUUACUGGCAGGCACGUGUCGGAGAACUAA